UUUUAACGUGCACUAGUAUUGGCGUUUUAAUUGGAACGGAUUUUAUGUAUCCAUUGUACUCGGUCAACAGAAUUAUUGAUUGUAAUGAUAGCAGUACAGAUAAUCAGGUUUAUAUGACAUUAAAGUGAUUUGCGACGAUUAUGGUUAAGGAGGGAGUAAGGAAUUUAGCAUUUUAUAAAAUAUAUAAAUGUAAGGAAAGACGAGUCACAGAGAUUGUGAGGAAAAACCCCGUUCUAAAGUCGGGUAUAAUCUUGUGUGGACUGUCUGUUACUCUAUAGUAUGUAAUUGUGUAGUUUAAUUUUGUACAUAUUAUGUGAUGAAUUCAAUUAUGGACUUAUAGCAAACAUUAUGUUGGAUUAACCAUGACUGAAAGGCUUUUUAUGAGGAAUUUAUGUAGAAGAUAGACGAUGCGAGAGGGAUACACAACGCAGUCUUGUAAACGAUGAAAAGAAACUAAUAUUUCAACUAUCGUAGAUGUUAAACAGGAAGUGAUUUCAUAUAUUAAAACGUUAAGAAUUCAUCUAAGUAUAAUUGCAAAAUGUUAAACGGGAAGAGAAUUUCAAAUGCAUAUGUUAACUUAGUUAACAACGUUAAGGGAUAACGAAUGAAACUAAUUCGAAUUAUAUUUCAUUCUUCCGUACUUGUCAAAUGUUUUCUUAUAUGUGAAAUGUAAUUGCAGUGUAGGUUUUUAAAUAUAAUUUGUUUUAACUAAAUAUUAUACAGGGAAUCUAAUUCAGAUUGCUGAAAAUAUUGCGAUCAAAUAAGGAUGAAGCGGAUGAAAUUCAACAGGAAAUUACAGUGUUAUGACUUCUAUACUGACAGAUAGCCUGUUGGUUACUUAUUAUUGAAAGGUUACAAACGCGAAGUAAAUUGUUACAUCGUCUGUCUCUAAACUUUACGUACACUUGGCUUGAUUUGUUGCUCUAUAACGUGACAAAUGUUGUAUCCUUUGAAAUUUAAAGGCAGUGAUUUUUGCCGUAACAAAUAUCAGCGCAGACAGUAAAGUUACAUACUGGAGACCCGAUUUAAGAAACCAAUAUUAGUAGACAGUCUUCAGGAAAUAUUGAAAAUUACGCAAUGGAGAUUUUUCGAAUACUAGAGCUAUAAUUACGGAGUUCUUGAAAGAUGGAGUACGUCAUUAGGACCGCAUUGCAAGCUGUUGUUAUAUUUUCAUGUAAUGGAAUAUUGCUAUUUCCACUAGCGUCUCAGACACGUCCGGCACAUUGCACACAAACGACUAGAAGUGGAUUCAACUUUCGACCUAAAAACAUUUUACCUUCAUAUGUAAAUGCUCCUGAAUCUAUGGAGCCUCCAAUUAAUUCCACAGAGACAGACAUGAAUCUCGAGCUUUGUCCAGAUAAUGUGACAUUGAAAAUCGGCUGGACAAUGAAUAAACAUCCUGGAACGGAAAUGAAUUUAUGCUAUAAGAUCAAAUCAGGACAGUUGUUAGAGACCAGUUGCGUAAACCUUGAUGUCCAAUAUUCUGAGCAUCCGAUAAUUAUGACGUGUUGGUUUCCGAUGACAUAUAUAUCGUACAAGCCUAUGAUAACUGCGCUUGCAAUAUCAGACGUGGCUGACGGCGGCUCUUAUUUCUACAGGGAACUCAACACGAGUGAAUUAGAUCCUCGUCACAGCUGUAAAGAUAUGUGUGAAGUUUCAGAGAUGAACAUUAACCCACUGAUUUUCUGCAAUGAUACAGCGUCGAUCGUAUUUGACGAGAAAAUUAAUGUAAAAUCUUUGUCAUUUGAUGCAACUGAGUCCACAUCGUGCGAUAAUUCUUCAGUUGUUAUCAAUGCACAGACAAGAAACAAACUUGACUACAGACUGAACUGUGCAUACGUUGGCAUCGGUAAUGUGAAAGUAUUAUACAGUAUAAAUGGAAAGUUUUGUCUAAAGUACCAAUCCGUCAGAGUAAUCUGUGAUUCCAGACUCAAAAGAAAAGAAGCACCAACAAAACUUCAUGUGGACGAUUUCCAGACAUUUGUGAUCUUUGGUGUUGUCUGUAUGAUCGUAAUAUCAGUCAUCUUUGUGAUAAUAAACUUUGUUGCGCAGAUGCUGAGACAUCUCCUGAAAGUUCGCCGUCGGAACAAUGAGAGAGAUAUAGACGUUUUAGAUGAAGAGGGGAUGCCUUUACAUGACAACAAUAUUCGACCGAUAGAAAAUAUCCCGUCUCCAACUGUGACUGUACCCAUUACGCCAGUGGAUGUGGUAAUUAAAAGAGAAUACCGAAAACGUGUGGACUCCAUGUCUUCUUCAGAUGGUCAGUCUACUGUUACUACAAGUUCCUUCCGAGGACAAACUGUCCGACAGCUACACCGCAGCAUGACUGUAGCCCUACUUGAAAACACGGAGUCAUUUUACAGGAAGAAAAUACUGUUUCUUCCAACUCCUUUUGACACUUUUAGUCGUGAUGCUACAAAUUUAUUGAAAGCUGUUUUCACACUUGAAUUAAGCAUUCCAACCGAGUGUUGUUUUGAUCGGGAGGUCUUUCAGCGAUACAUGACCGGUAAUAGAUACAAUUGGAUAGAAACAAUUCUUGGCGAUUAUGAUCGAAUUGUUGUAUUUCUAUGUUUUACAACAAUCCGUGGCCAAAUAUGUAAAUCUAUAAUCGAAGAUGUGUUAGACCAUCUAUCAGUUUCGAAAAUAAAACCAUACUGCACUGUGUGUUUUCUCCAUAUAACAGAUAGUUCCGAAAACUUAGAGAAGAAUCACCAUGGUGAAAGCUUUCAUCUUAGUGAUAAAAUCUCAUACAAAAAUUUUAUGGGUGAAGUGCUGAAGUACUGUGAUCGAAACCCAGAUGCAGAACCAGAUCUUCUUUAUAGACUAACAAACUGUGAAGCAUCGAGACAUUUCGUACGUUUCAUCGGAAUGGAAUGAUACAAGAUGACUGAUGACGGCCAUCUGAAAAGCUUUCCUGAUUUAAAUUGAAAGCGUUUAACACAAUGCUUGCACUGUGUUAUUAAAAGGCAUCGUUGUAUAAAAUGUAACACUGUUGUCUCGUGUAGAUAUAAGUGAAUAUAGUAAUAAUAUUUGAUUUAGAUAGAUCUUGUACAUAGCACAAUAGCGUUUGAAAAUGGAACACAACAAAACACUGACUCAUUAUUUAAUUCAAGAAUAUUACGAAUUCGUUUGAAACGGAUCUUGCCAUAUAUUGUUAUGUUUGACAUUUAUACCAAAGUUAACAUUAUAGAUUUGUCACUUAUUUUGGGAUAUUUGUUAAGUACUGUUGAUCGAUGACAAACGUCAUCGUUCGUAAGAUAAAUCAAAGAAUCCAGAUACCUAAAA